UUCCCCAGAACGAGCCAAAAGAGGCAAUUGUUGUAUAUCAUGCCAUCUUAUCUUCCUUCUCACUGGCCCAAAUCAUGUCUUCCUCUUCUCCCAAACUAUCUUGAAAUAAUCUGUUAUUGUGCUGCGCAUUAUAAACAGACUGUCCUCUCAUGUUUCACAAUGAAUCAAUAGGGAAAUAUCAGUAACUCUAUAAUCUCAAUUAUGCAAUUAGAAAUCCAAUCAAGAAAAUCUCAGAACCAAGAACCCACAAUGCAAACCUCCCUAGAAUCACCUAAUACGCCUCAAGAACUCCCAAUCACCACCACUGUUACCACCUCUAGUAAAAUACCCAAAAAACUUACUUUAAUCCCUCUGAUAUUCCUUAUCUAUUUUGAAGUAGCUGGUGGCCCUUAUGGUGAAGAACCUGCUGUUCAAGCUGCAGGUCCACUCUAUGCACUUCUUGGGUUCUUGAUAUUCCCAUUCAUAUGGAGUAUUCCUGAGGCUCUUAUCACUGCUGAGCUUUCUACUGCUUAUCCUGGGAAUGGUGGAUUUGUUAUUUGGGCUGAUCGUGCUUUCGGUCCCUUUUAUGGUUCCCUGAUGGGGUCUUGGAAAUUCUUGAGUGGUGUUAUUAACAUUGCUGCUUUUCCAAUUCUGUGUAUUGAUUACAUGGAGAAGGUACUUCCUGUAUUGGCUUCUGGCUGGCCUCGCAAAGUUGCACUUUUUAUUUCAACAUUGUUUUUAUCUUUUCUUAACUAUACUGGUUUAACCAUUGUUGGCUAUGUUGCUGUUCUGCUUGGUAUAGUUUCGCUUUCUCCUUUUAUUAUUAUGUCUCUUAUUGCAAUCCCUAAGAUCAAACCUCAUAGGUGGAUUAGUUUAGGCCAAAAAGACGUUAAGAAAGAUUGGACUUUGUAUUUCAAUACCCUGUUUUGGAAUUUGAACUUUUGGGAUAAUGUUAGUACUCUAGCUGGUGAAGUGGAUAGACCCCAGAAAACCUUCCCUGUUGCCCUGUUUGCUGCUGUGAUCUUCACUUGUGUGUCUUACUUGGUUCCUCUGUUUGCUGUGAUUGGUGCUGUUUCUGUGGAUCAAAGUGAAUGGGAGUCGGGGUUUCAUGCCACUGCUGCAGAACUUAUUGCAGGGAAAUGGUUAAAAUAUUGGAUUGAAGUUGGUGCUGUGUUGUCUGCCAUUGGUUUAUUUGAGGCUCAAAUGAGUAGUAGCGCAUACCAGCUACUUGGCAUGGCUGAUUUGGGAUUCUUGCCUCAGUUUUUUGCCAAAAGGUCUAAAUGGUUUAAUACUCCUUGGGUGGGGAUAUUGCUUUCCACUAUAAUUACACUUGGGGUAUCAUAUAUGAACUUCACUGAUAUUAUUUCAUCAGCUAAUUUCUUGUAUAGUUUAGGUAUGCUAUUGGAAUUUGCAUCUUUUCUUUGGUUGAGAAGGAAGGUGCCCACAUUGAAGAGACCUUACGCAAUUCCAAUGAGGCUACCAGGGCUUAUUAUUAUGUGCUUGAUACCAUCUGGGUUCUUAGUACUGAUAAUGGCUAUUGCUACUAAGACUGUUUAUUUAGUGUCUGGUUUGAUGACUGUGGGUGCCAUUGGAUGGUAUUUCUUGAUGAAGUUCUGCAAGUCAAAGAAGCUGUUCAAGUAUAGCAGGACUGAAGUUAUUGAUGGAUGACAAAGGAGGCCGGGAUGGUUGAAUUGGUAAAAAAUGAAACAGAAAAGAGUGCCCAGAACAAGUCUUUGUGCUCAAGAUCCGCAAUAGUGAAGUUGUGACUCGGCAUUAGAUUUUUGUUAAGAUCAAGAUCCACAAUUUACUGGGUUUGCUCGGAUGUAAAGGCUUUUUCCUGAUAUCACAAUCUAAUCAUCUUACUUGGUGUAAGAAGGUGCAGAUCAGAUUGAGUCUGUUUAUACUAAUGUCAUGUCUAUCUCUUUCGCUGUUUGCUCCCUUGAUUUUCAACUAUUUUCUGGGGGAUUCAGUUUUGUUGUGUGGAACACAUGUGGUAUUAAUAUAGAGCAUUUUUAGGUCAUAAA